AUGGCGGCCACUUCCGUGUUGGCAUCGACGCCUGCUUUGGAGAAGCAAUGUGAAAAGGUCGGCCUCUCUGAUGAAUGGACCAAGGCGAUGAUCGCUGCGCAAGUUGACACCUUGUCCAAGGUCUCCUAUGCAGUCAGCUUACCAGGCACGCCCGCGACUGACACCAACAUCGAGGACUUUGCUGGCAAACUUCGACCAGGUGUUGCUCUCUCUUUGGGCGACAAUGCAGCACUUAAGCGCUUGGUCUUUGAAGCUCAGACACUUUGCAUCGCCGAGCUUCGGAGUUCGGUGCAGGUUGGUGAAGAUGCUCCACGCAAGCUGCCGGCUGCAGAACGUGCUCUGCGGAUAGAGCAGCAAGCAGCUCGCUUGAAGGGACUGCCUCUGGCCAAAGGUGCAUGGCAAUGUGCGCACAGCCUCUACGAUCGUUUUGCUCACAUGAGAGAGACCGAAGAGCUUCGCUUUGUCCCACCUGAUGAAUGCAUCACCCGGGAUCAGGAGUUGGCCGGCAGCAAGGCACCGAAGUCUGUGCAGCUGGAUGCAAGCAAGUCGGGCCUCAUCGUGAAGGAUGAGGAAAUCACCAAUACAAUGAACAUCACCUCAGAUCACGAGCUUUACCUGAGUUUCAUGAGGCGCGCCUUGGCCAUGGAUCUCGUGGGCCUCGCCAGCUUUGAUGUGAUGCAGAAGUGGAUCGAGCGUCUGUUCGAUGUGAUGAACCAGGAUCCACCUCCAAACUUCUCCCGGGUCUCUCGUGCCCAGGUCCUUCGUGCGGAUCGCCAAGUCUUCGUCGAGCUGGCCCGUAGAGCCAAUGGAGGGCUGAAAGCCCUCGCCGAUGGCUCGCUGCCACUGGAUGCAGAGUUUCGCAAUUUGCCGGGCAACACUGAGAUCAUGUACUUCUUGCUGCCGACACCGGAGAAGGGCAAGGGCAAAGGCAAAGGCAAGGGAGACAAGCGCAAGCAUUCGGGCGAUGGCGAUGAAGGUGGCGACAAGAAGAAGGCCAAGACCACUCGCGAUCCCGUGCCCAAGGAGCUUCAGGGUUGCCAUAGCAGGACUCCCAAGAAUAAGCCGAUUUGUUUCAACUAUAACUUGGGCAAGUGCAAAAAGGGCAAAGCCUGCAAGUUCGAGCAUGUGUGUUGCAGACCCAAUUGCUAUGGCAAGCACCCCUUCUCCCAGUGCCCGAAAGCCAAUGAAGCUGCUGACGCGACCUUGUGGCUGUCGCUGUUCCUACAUCGUCCACAGAUGAUGUCAAUUUUCCUUGUUCUGCCGUUGACUGUGCUUCGUUGCCUGCUGAUUUUGAUGUGCAAAGCCAGGUUGGCCACUCGUCAUCCGGAAGCAUUCCGUCAUUUGGCUAUUCCAUGUCAGCAUGUGCAUGUGUCCACUGCCACAACCACCAAUCGUGUGCCUCCAGAGGCUGUUGCUGCCUUUUAUGAUGCUGUGGGGACUGCCAUUCUCGGGUUCUUGCGGUUCCCGCCCCUCGCUCCCGGCCCCACUCCCUUGCAUUUGGCACAGGUGGCUGCCGGCUUGCAGCCCCGACGUUCGCACCUUUGCCUGGUGCCUGAGUUUAAGUGCAUUGCCAAUGUUCGCCUCCCGGAGCUGCCCCCUCUUCAGGACGGCAAACUGAAGCACGAGCUGGAUCCAAGCACUUACUCCCUGGUUCUCAACGGGGGAAGGAUGGCCAAGGAGCAAGUGAGUGCUGCAUCGUGUGUGGACACAAAUCAGGAUGUUUUCUCGCAUGAAGCUGAGCUGGCUGCCAGCCGUUUGGGCGAUGUGCCCACACGGGAGGAGCUCUUGAGCAUAUUUGCUUUGCAUGAUGCUGACCCUUCUAAACGCAUGGCCGGGAUUCGCGCGAGCGAAAAAUCUUGGUCAUCAGGUGCUUAUGCCAUGGGAGGCUGUGUCGGCGUCCGAAAGAAUGCUUCCAUGUUCCCUGUGUUCACCCGAGCACUGGUCCGGUUCCUCAGGCAUCGGAUCCCCGAUGCCAGGUUUUCAUGCGUUGCUAUCUUUUGCGAUAUGUUACAGGGCAUGCACAAAGAUAUGUGCAAUCAAGAGGGUACACUCAACUAUGGGGUUGCACUUUCGGACUUUUCGGAAGGGUUUGUGUGGGCUCACGACCCGGCGGGCAAAGUUCACAAGCACACGCCAUCAGGUAAGCUGCCGGGGGUGUUGCACGACAUUGCAAAAGCCCCGGUGCGCUUUGAUGCGAGAAAGUUUCAUUGCGUCAUGCCGUGGCAUGGACAAAGAGUAGUGGUGAUUGGCUACACACCGCAAAGAGGUUGUGCCCUCAGUGCCAAAGAGGUUCGUUAUCUGCUUAGCUUAGGCUUUCCGUUGCCGUGGGUCGACACGCCGUCUCCUACUGUGCCUCCAGUCCACGAUGCACCUGUCGAGCAACGCUUGGAAAAUGUCGCCGACUCUGGUCCCGUGCACUCUAAGCUACCUUGUGCUUCUGCGGCUGCAUGCGAUACCCACUUGUACACCUUCGGUGUUUACCACUCUGAAGCCGAGUUCGUCCGCAAGGCCGUGCAGGUGGGGCAUCCGAGGAGCCUCUAUGGUAGCUUGCCCCAAGCCAUGGAGGAGUGUAUCGAUGCGUUGCUUGUCAUGCCUGAGGCUUCAGUUGUCACUAAGCGUGCGGCAUGGCUUGCGCAUUGGACGGCUCGUGCCAAGGCCAUCCAGGAGAACCCCGAUCCUGAUUGGCACAUCCAAGAUCCUGCAAUGCGCGCUAUCCUUGGACGAAAGAGGCUGCAGCUGCUUGAUGAGAUCCUUUUAUCGGAGGGUUACGGCGAUUGCACACUAGCUAGGGACAUGCACCAUGGUUUUGACUUAGUGGGAGUGGCGCCGCCUUCUGGUGUGCUGCCUGGCAAGGUCACCCCUGCUUCUCUUGAGCCUGAGGCCCUUAGUGCCAAUGCGUGUCGUGCCAAUGAUGCCUUGCGUGCAAGUUUGCGUUCUUGUGGCGAUCUGGAGCUCGAUGAGAAGCUUUGGGAGAAGACCCUGCUGGAGGUCGAACAAGGGUGGUUGCAGGGACCGCUCGAGUGGUCUGACUUAGGCCCGGGGGAGAUAGCAUCACCCCGCUUUCCUUUGUUGCAGAAUGGCAAAGUGCGCCCGAUCGACGACUACUCUCGAUCUGGUGUCAAUAGUUGCGUAACCACACUUGAGCAGCCAACCGUGGACACUGCCGACGUGGCAGCCGCCAUGUUCAGCAAACUCUCGAACGGCUUGUUGCGCAAGGGGAGGUCUGGUGCUCUCCUAGGUAGGUCUUACGACUUGACAUCCGCAUAUCGACAGCUAUGUGUGUCGAGGGAGUCGUCACGCUUUGCCAUAGUGGCAGUGUUCUGCCCAAAGGAUGGGAAAUCAUACCUAUUUCGCCAGCCUUGCCUACCAUUUGGGUCGCGUGCAUCAGUCAAUGGUUUCAUUAGGUGCUCGAGGUGCAUCCAGUGGAUCGCACUCCGGUGCUUGCUUGUGCCGCUGACGUCCUAUUACGACGACUUCAUAUCUGCGUCAACAUGCACUCUUGCUGCCAACACCGACACGACCAUGGCGAUGCUGUUUCGCCUAUUGGGCUGGCAGUAUGAUGAGGUCGGUCCAAAGGCUGACGUUUUUAGUGACCGGGUUGAAGCCCUCGGAGUGGCCUUUGAUCUUUCCGAGACAUGUUCCGGUGUGGUCAUCGUGGACAAUACCCUCAGAAGGAAAGAUGCUCUAGACAGCCUAGUUAGCGAAGCACUUGCAAGGGGGACCCUCAAUCAUUCUCAAUCGCUCGAGAUGCGCGGCAAGCUGGCCUUCGCUGAUGCACAGGUCCUCGGUCACUCGGGGAAAUUUGCUCUGAAGUUGCUGUCUGCGCAUACCCAUGCGAUUCCUUUCAAGACGCGCAUUGCUGAUGACUUGAGCCGCGCUCUGAAGUACUUGAGACAAAGAAUCGUUGAGGGCUCUCCCCGGCGUGUGUUACCAACUGCCAAGGACACGUGGUUCCUUUUUACCGAUGCAUGUUUCCACGACGCUGGUGAUGGUGGUUUAGGCGGGGUGCUGGUGUCUUCCCUAGGUUCGGUGAAGUCGUGGUAUUGCCUUCCUUUGUCAGCCGAUGACAUCCAGCCGCUCAUUUCCCACACAGCCCGCACCGGGAUUGGCGAACUCGAGACAAUGGCGACCUUACUUGGCAUCCAGCUAUGGAGGGGCCAUCUACGGAGCACCAACGUGGUAGCUUUCAAUGACAACGAAGGUGCCAAGUUCGCCUUGGUCAAGGGUUACUCCAAAUCCAUGUCAGUCACCAGGAUUUGCCACGUGUGUGCGACUGUUUGUGAGACCGACAUGAUCAUGCCUUGGUUCUGUCGUGUUCCCUCAGCAUCCAACAUUGCCGAUCCGCCUUCACGCAGUAUGUCCUGCGAUGCCUUACCCGAAACCUUCAAGCUGCCCUGCGAUCAGGUGCGGCGCGCGUACCUUAGCUUGAGGGGUCGAGUCUGCAGUAUGCUCUCGUAG